AAGCCAGUAGCUGUGGCUCAAGCGCAUCUCGGACAAAGAUUCCAAUGGCUCAGGACGGCUACAUGAGAAUAGAGGAGGGGGGCAACCCUGCAGCGCCGGCGAGUGGAUCGAAGGGGCGCAAAGCGCACGAACAUGCAAAGUACCACUGCAAUCGCACCAUGAUCAACUUCGGACUCAGCAAGCAGGUGCCCAAUAAAGAUAGCACCGCACGCGACCACUUGGCCAAUGAGAGGACUUUCUUGGCUUGGCCCCGUACCGGUCUUGCCCUCUCAGGCGCUGGCUUUGGAGUGAUCAAGUUUCUACCUGGUGUCAGCACAAACCUCAUCCUAGGGUUCUUUUUGAUCGGCGUGGGCAUUUGCGUCUUAGCCUUCGGAGCCCUAAGGUACUUCGAUGUGAUGGAAGCCUUGGAGAAUGGCGUGUUCGCCAUCGACACAGGUGUUGGCGAUUUGGACUUUGGAGGCACACCAAUUGGAUUCCAUGUGAAUGCCAUCAAGCCUCUCUGGGGGUGUGCUACUCGUCUGUGGCGCUACAGCAGCUCUGGUUCUGAUUGCUUUGGUUCUCGGCAUUCUUCACAUCAGGCGGCACGAGAAUGACAUGCCAUCCUGACGGAACACACUCCGACAUGGUCUUUUCGAUCCAUUGUCCUAUGCAUUUCCUGCCGACGUAGGCGUUGCCUCCAGUGCGAAUCAGACACUGGGAAGGGAUUUUGCUGAAGGAACGGCCAACUUCCGUGGUGCACCGAUUGGGA